AACGAAGAGAAAACGUCACCUGCUGAGUUGAACGGCACCAUUGAAGGUUUCCGAACGUCGAGGCUACGCCAAGCGUUUCCACAGUUCUGCGCUGUCAGCGCCAAGAACCUACUGAUGAUCACGUUUGGUUCCACUUUGGGCUUCUCCACUAUUCUCAUUCCAGAAUUACAGAAGAAGGAUUCCGAGAUCCCGGUCACUAUGGAGGAACUGACGUGGAUCAGUAAGCAUCUUAUUUAUUUACCAGUUCCUUGCAACAAGGAAGCUUACACAAACGCAAAACAUAAUAUAAUUUUAUUAAAAAUAUCAUCACUACGAUUCUCAAUCCUUCUCUAUAUUAACAAAAGUCUAAAAUUCAUGAAACGUGUUUCAGGCAGCCUGAACUUAUUCCUGGUUCCAAUUGGCUGCUUCGCCAGUGGACCAGUGUCACAGUUCCUAGGGAGAAAGAGAACCAUGAUGCUGACUACCAUCCCGUUCAUAGCAGCUUGGAUCACCUUUUACUACGCCACGACAGCUGGGAUGUUGUUCAUAGCACUGGCUAUGACAGGUCUAACUGGUGGUCUUCUAGAGGCACCUGUGAUGACCUAUGUGGCAGAAGUGACGCAGCCACAUUUACGUGGCAUGCUGUCUGCCACUUCCACCAUGUCCAUUAUCCUCGGUAUCUUCACGCAGAUGUUAGGUGGCAAAUUGGGCAAUUGGAGGACCGUCACUAUGAUCAAUCUGAUCUAUCCACUUAUCUGUUUCGCUGCUCUCUGCGUGGUACCCGAGAGUCCCUAUUGGCUCAUUGCGAAGGGUCGCCAGAAGGAGGCGGAGAAGGCUCUCUGCUGGCUCCGCGGUUGGGUCAGUCCGAUCCAUGUGAAAGCGGAGUUUCAAACCAUUUGCCAGGAAGUCCACAAGCCGACAGAGACCAAGGAAAGGAUAUGGAAGUCCUUUGGCAAGAAAACCUUCUACACGCCUUUCUUCCUAGUCACUAGUGCCUUCUUCAUCGGCACCUUUGGUGGCACCAGUACCCUUCAGACUUACGCUGUGAUGAUUUUUGACAACCUAGAAGCACCUGUGGACAAAUACACAGCUGCCGUGUUCCUUGGCCUGGCCGAAUUAACCGGAACGUUAGUCUGCGUGUUUGCUAUUCACUUCACUGGCAAACGAUUGCUCACGUUCAUCUCUGUCGGUGGUACUGGCAUAUGCUUUUGUCUAGUGACUAUCUACGGGUAUCUGAAUGAUGCCGGGACGAUCGACACGGAGAAUAUCUCGUGGAUCCCAACGACGUUGCUGAUCGGUGCUGCUUUCUUGUCUCAUAAUGGGAUCAGGCUCCUCCCUUGGGUCCUGGCUGGCGAAGUCUUUCCCGCAAACGUACGAAGCAGCGCAACAGGAAUCGCUGGCUCCAUAGGCUACGUCUUCAACUCCGUCGCGAACAAAGUGUACCUCUACAUGGUCAACGGAAUGUCCAUGCCAGGAACUUUUCUCUUUUACGCCCUGAUCAAUUUCGCCGGUGGCGUUCUCCUCUACUUCAUCCUCCCAGAAACAGAGGGCAGAUCCUUGAAGGAAAUCGAGGAACACUACGCUGGCAUCCAAAGGUUGAAGAGCAGACCCAAGAAGGAAGAACUGGCAUUCAAGGAAAAAUGGGCUGCCUCGAACCCGGCGAUCAUCUACGACGACACCGAGAGCAAACUUUGAUUCUGUGCGAGCAAAGCGAUGAUUAGCACGGUCUCUCUAAAGCUCAAAGUCCAAUCGAUGCGAUCUUAAUUCACGUUUGCAACAAGUCCCUCGUCCAAUAUACAGGGUGUCAAAGAGAAGGAAAUGGGCGAGUUACAAAUAUCGUCCAUCGUUCCCAUUACCUUGUUCUCUUGUGAGAGAGCUCCAAAGAAAAUUCACGUUUCAUCGAAUUUUUCUCGAUCGAACAGAGCAAGACGUUCGCUCGAAUAUUUUUAGAGAUAUCCUUAGAAUAUCCUUAUUGCAUGACAAUGUGUUCAUAGAUAAUAAUAUCGAACGAGAUGUACAAUAAACUGCGAUUUAUUUUAAAAAGUUGCGCGAUUUGAUGUCGUUUGUUUUUAUUUUCGAAUUUCCGAUUAAAUUUUCA